UCGGAUGGUCGCAGUCGUAUAUCCAUUGCGCCUUUGGUAUCUGGACCUGUGAUGAGCAUGGGUCAUGGGUAACGGUUGCUACCAGGCGCGGAUCUCCUUCGACAUCUGUCAACUGCUCAAUUUCAGGCAGGACUUCUUACAGGGCGUUCUCCCUUCAACCAAACCACCAUGGCACAUCGUUUUCUCAACGCUGCAAAGGCAAAUUGGAGACUUUCUAGCACUCGGAAACCAACAGUAAUAAACACGAACUUGAAGCGUCAGGUGGACGAAAUGAAAAACCUGUUUGGUACACCUUCCCUGUUAUUAUCCGUCUCCUUUAUAUUUAUUAUCUUAUAUACAGAAACGGUAAACAAUUUGACGCGAGAGGAAUACGAAGAGCUAAUAAGGAAGUUUGGAGUGGCUGACGAUGAUGUCAAAGCCUUAGCCCCACUUCCCGAUGAGAACGAUCCUGGUAUAUUCGAAAACGAGCCUCAUCCGAAUGACGACGUCAGGACCCACGUACAGGUCGGGGACUCGCAAUGUCUGCUUACAAACUAUGUCAAGCGACGACUCGAGCACAUCCCCGGUUUUCCUCGACCUGUGAAAGAUACGGGAGACAAGGCUUACCGUAUUUCCUCCACGUUGCAUAGGGGGUUGGGCAUGUUCGCUGCACGCCGGUUCAACACAGGCGACCUCAUCGCUGACGAGAGGCCUUUGAUGGUUUACCCUCUUGGUCCAUCGACCGAUCUCAGCUCGAUGUCAAAUGGGGUGCGAUCCAACCAGUCGAAGUAUUCACAGGAUCUUAUUGGUUCGAUUUUUGAGCGCAUGUCUAAAGAGAGUCGGGAGGCCUUCAUGGGGCUUUGUAAGAGCCGUUUGCAUGAUGAUCCACUCUUGGGCGUGAUUUUCGCAAAUGGGUUUCAUCUCGCUGAUGACUUGAAGGAUGAGACUGACAAUGUGAAGUAUUUAUCACCGCUGGCUCCGAACAUCGAAAGUCUGCGAAGGCUCGGAAGGUAUGCGAGCGUCCACAAGGAUCUCUCUAGGGUGAACCACAGUUGCUCCCCGAACGCAUCUUACAAGUUCCACAUAUCCACAUUCUCUAUGCAGCUUCGCGCAGCUAGGGAUAUUGAAGCAGGCGAAGAGAUCUUCACCACUUGUAUCGACAAUCUCCAGCCAGCUGCGGAGCGUGCGAGAUGUCUCUUGCCUCAUGGCAUCGAAUGCACCUGCCGUGCUUGUCUUGACCCCACCAAGAGCGACCCUAUACGCGCCGCUGUGAAGAACCGCCCGGUAUUGUUUACUCCUCGGGAUCUGAAGCCCCCUCAGGCUUGGAUCGAUCCUGCCCUGCAGACCCUGGCGAGGAUAGAGGAAGAAGAACUCCAGGCUUCGACUGAGUACCGCCAGACGUUGCGCCAGUUGUUCAAUGCGUACAUGUACGUAAAAGACGAGGAGAAUGCGCUGGUGUAUGGGAAGAAACUGUGGGCGGCUAAUUUGGCGGCUGGGAAACCGCUCUGUGAGAUGUUUAGGGAUGUGGAGUUGAUGAAGAAGUCGCCUCAGUGGACUAGGCCGAAAUGGUUGUGGGGGGUACAGAAGCGUCAUGUAAUCGUUUGAAAAGCUCUUCGACUCCGUUUGUAACUACUGUAUUUAUACAUGCUUCCAGAUUGUUGUUUCGCACGUUAAGGCCUAGCCGACGUUCUGUCGAUGUGUACAUUUAUCUAUGGCGUUACGUUUCUACGUGCAUACCAACAGAAGAACUUGCCUGAGUUUCAAAAAUUACAUGUGAGUUGUAUUAUAUUCCUGUUCCCGCUA